CAUCACUGUAUUCAGCUGCUGAAGAGAGAAUCUCUCUGAGUUUGCUCUGCAGCAGCAUUUGACCUCAGGUGCAGGAGGUGCCAUUCCUCACAAUGAGGUUUCUGAUCUCUCUGUGUGUGUCACUACUGCUGCUGAUUAAUGGUGAAAUAAUCAAUGGAGAAACCACAGAAUCUACAACUUCCAGCUCUGAUCCCUGCUAUGAUUAUAACACUCUUGAUGAAUACUGGAGAGACAUACGACAAAACGUGUAUCAGUACUAUGGAUAUGAUGACUCCCUUGUUGAAUGGAGUGGCUGGUAUCGGCUGUAUUUGAAUGGAGAAAGUGCUCAGAUGUCUGAGUGGUGUGUGAGUUAUGUGGGAUGUGGUGGUUCCACUGGACUGUAUCUCAACGGCUCUCAUCCAACACUUGAGGAUGGAGUGGUGACACGUGAAGUUUUGGGAAGUCAUAUGUGGGGGGGGUGGUGGUGGGGGUAUUCCAAUCAGUGUGGAGCCUACACAUCCACCUCCAUCCAAGUCAAAGCCUGUCCAGGAGAUUAUUAUGUUUAUGAAUUUGUCAAACCCAUCAUAUCAGCCCCUGGACCUACAUAUUGUGCAGUUGCUUUCCAAAGCUUCAGCAGUUAUCCCUGCUACAACUAUGAGUCUCUGGAUCGUCCCUGGAGAGCCAACAAUGAAAGUGGAGACUGGAUUUGUGAUGACUCUUUCUCCUGGAAUGGCUGGUACCGGCUUUUCUAUUAUGGAAUGAACAUCCAGAUGUCAGAGACCUGUGUUAGUUCAUACACCUGUAACACAUACAUGAAUCUGUGGCUCAAUGGUCCUCAUCCUCAGAUAGAGGAUGGAGUGGUGACUAGAGAGAUCUGUGCAGGGUCUUAUUGGGGUGGCUGCUGUGAUUACAAGACAAACCCCAUCAGAGUGAAAGCGUGUCCAGGAAAUUACUAUGUCUAUGAACUUGUGAAACCACAAAUCGGGUGUUCAGGAUACUGCACAGAUGUCAGCACUAUUUCACAGGUGGCUUCUACUGUAAGUCCAGAUAUGGUCACUGGAUCCAGCAUCACCUUGAAUUAUGACCCGUGUGAAAACUACAACGUACUCAACAACUACUGGAGAAGCACACGCAAUUACUGGUCUACGUAUGGAUACAUCUCUGAUCAUGAUGACACUCUUGUAGAAUGGGAUGGCUGGUAUCGACUCUUCAUUAAUGAGUCGAGUGCUCAGAUGCCUGAGUGGUGUUUUAAUUAUAUGUCAUGUGGAAGCUUUAGUUCUCUGUGGCUUGGUGGCUCUCAUCCUCAGCUAGAAGAUGGAGUAGUUACUCGUGAAGUUUUUGGCUCUCGUGAUUAUCAGUGCAGUCGCUACAGAUCUGAACCAAUCCAAGUUAAAGCUUGUCCUGGAGAUUAUUAUGUCUACAAAUUUACCAGACCAACUCUUUCAAUCCCAUUACCAGUGUAUUGUGCAGUACCUUUCACCACCCCAAGUGUGGACCCCUGCUAUAACUACACCAGUCUGGAUGAGCCUUGGAGAGCCACUGACAAUUAUUACUAUAAUAACUAUUACUACUAUGGCAUGUGUGAUUAUAAUGUGGAGUGGAAUGGCUGGUACAGGAUGUUCUACAAUGGUCAAAAUACUCAGAUGCCAGAAUCAUGUGUUAAUCAAGGCAUGUGUGGCACUUAUUACCCACUAUCACUCAACGACACUCAUCCACAGCUGGAAGAUGGAGUGGUCACUCGUCAGGUCUGUGCUUCUGACUGGUAUAGCUGCUGUGCUUACAGAUCCCAUCCUAUAAGAGUCAAAGCCUGUCCUGGAAAUUACUAUGUUUAUGAGUUUGUCAAGCCAAUACUUUGUGGAGCUUACUGUGUAGAAGCCUCAAACCAGUCCACCCCAUCAGUGUCUACAACAACAGAGACAAUCCCACCCAUAGAAUUCAUUACUCCACCAAUCACAACCACUGCUCCCCCUGUUGAGCCCUGCUACAACUACACUGUCCUGGAUGAUCUGUGGAGAGCCACCAACAAUCAACAUUCCUCUCAAGAAAUGUGUGACUCUUGGGUCAGCUGGAACGGCUGGUACCGUCUCUUCAUUCAGGGUCAGAGCGUUCAGAUGCCAGACACAUGUGUUGAUGAGUAUAGUUGUGGCACUAAUGCUCCACUGUGGCUGAACGGAGGACAUCCAGCAGUUGAGGAUGGAGUGGUCACUCGAGAUGUCUGCGGUCACUGGAGCAAUAACUGCUGCUAUUUCCAAUCCAAUCCCAUUAAAGUCAAAGCCUGUCCAGGAGGGUAUUAUGUCUAUGAGUUUGUGAGUCCAACUACAUGCAAUUUGGCAUACUGUGCAGAUGCAAGCAACAUAAACACUACAUAUACUACUACAUAUACAACCACAGCUGAAACUACAACCACAGAAACUACAACCAUGGACAUUACGACUGAAUCAACAACUUCCAGCUCUGAUCCCUGCUAUGAUUAUAAAACUCUUGAUGAAUACUGGAGAGACAUACGACAAAACGCGUAUCAGUACUCUGGACAUGAUGACUCUCUUGUUGAAUGGAGUGGCUGGUAUCGGCUGUAUUUGAAUGGAGAAAGUGCUCAGAUGUCAGAGUGGUGUGUGAGUUAUGUGGGAUGUGGUGGUUACACUGGACUGUAUCUCAACGGCUCUCAUCCAACACUUGAGGAUGGAGUGGUGACCCGUGAAGUUUUGGGAAGUCAUAUGUGGGGGUGGUGGGGGUGGGGGUAUUCCAAUCAGUGUGGAGCCUACACAUCCACCUCCAUCCAAGUCAAAGCCUGUCCAGGAGAUUAUUAUGUUUAUGAAUUUGUCAAACCCAUCAUAUCAGCCCCUGGACCUACAUAUUGUGCAGUUGCUUUCCAAAGCUUCAGCAGUGAUCCCUGCUACAACUAUGAGUCUCUGGAUCGUCCCUGGAGAGCCAACAAUGAAAGUGGAGACUGGAUUUGUGAUAACUCUUUCUCCUGGAAUGGCUGGUACCGGCUUUUCUACUAUGGAAUGAACAUCCAGAUGCCAGAGACCUGUGUUAGUUCAUACAGCUGUAACACAUACAUGAAUCUGUGGCUCAAUGGUCCUCACCCUCAGAUAGAGGAUGGAGUGGUGACCAGAGAGGUCUGUGGAGGGUCUUAUUGGGGUGGCUGCUGUGAUUACAAGACAAACCCCAUCAGAGUGAAAGCGUGUCCAGGAAAUUACUAUGUCUAUGAACUUGUGAAACCACAAAUCGGGUGUUCAGGAUACUGCACAGAUGUCAGCACUAUUUCACAGGUGGUUUCUACUGUAAGUCCAGAUAUAGUCACUGGAUCCAGCAUCACCUUGAAUUAUGACCCGUGUGAAAACUACAACGUACUCAACAACUACUGGAGAAGCACACUCAAUUACUGGUCUACGAAUGGAUACAUCUCUGAUCAUGAUGACACUCGUGUAGAAUGGGAUGGCUGGUAUCGACUCUUCAUUAAUGAGUCGAGUGCUCAGAUGCCUGAGUGGUGUUUUAAUUAUAUGUCAUGUGGAAGCAUUAGUUCUCUGUAUCUUGGUGGCUCUCAUCCUCGUCUAGAAGAUGGAGUAGUUACUCAUGAAAUCUUUGGUUCUCGUGAUUUUCAGUGCAGUCGCUACAGAUCUGAACCAAUCCAAGUUAAAGCUUGUCCUGGAGAUUAUUAUGUCUACAAAUUUACCAGACCGACUCUUUCAAUCCCAUUACCAGUGUAUUGUGCAGUACCUUUCACCACCCCAAGUGUGGACCCCUGCUAUAACUACACCAGUCUGGAUGAGCCUUGGAGAGCCACUGACAACUAUUACUAUAAUAACUAUUACUACUAUGGCAUGUGUGAUUAUAAUGUGGAGUGGAAUGGCUGGUACAGGAUGUUCUAUAAUGGUCAAAAUGCCCAGAUGACAGAAUCAUGUGUUAAUAACAUGUGUGGCACUUAUAACUCGUGGUCACUCAACGGCACUCAUCCACAGCUGGAAGAUGGAGUGGUCACCCGUCAGGUCUGUGCUUCUGACUGGUAUAGCUGCUGUGCUUACACAUCCCACCCUAUAAGAGUCAAAGCCUGUCCUGGAAAUUACUAUGUUUACGAGUUUGUCAAGCCAAUGUUUUGUGGAGCUUACUGUGUAGCCACAAACCAGUCCACCCCAUCAGUGUCUACAACAACAGAGACAGUCCCGCCCAUUGCAUCCAUUACUCCACCAAUCACAACCACUGCUCCCCCUGUUGAGCCCUGCUACAACUACACUGUCCUGGAUGAUCUGUGGAGAGCCACCAACAAUCAACAUUCCUCUCAAGAAAUGUGUGACACUUGGGUCAGCUGGAACGGCUGGUACCGUCUCUUCAUUCAGGGUCAGAGCGUUCAGAUGCCAGACACAUGUGUUGAUGAGUAUAGUUGUGGCACUAAUGCUCCACUGUGGCUGAACGGAGGACAUCCAGCAGUUGAGGAUGGAGUGGUCACUCGAGAUGUCUGUGGUCACUGGGACAAUUACUGCUGCUAUUUCCAAUCCAAUCCCAUUAAAGUCAAAGCCUGUCCAGGAGGAUAUUAUGUCUAUGAGUUUGUGAGUCCAACUACAUGCAAUUUGGCAUACUGUGCAGAUGCAAGCAACAUAAACACUACAUAUACUACUACAUAUACAACCACAGCUGAAACUACAACCACAGAAACCACAACCAUAGAAACUACAACCAUGGACAUUACGACUGAAUCAACAACUUCCAGCUCUGAUCCCUGCUAUGAUUAUAACACUCUUGAUGAAUACUGGAGAGACAUACGACAAAACGCAUAUCAGUACUCUGGACAUGAUGACUCUCUUGUUGAAUGGAGUGGCUGGUAUCGGCUGUAUUUGAAUGGAGAAAGUGCUCAGAUGUCUGAGUGGUGUGUGAGUUAUGUGGGAUGUGGUGGUUACACUGGACUGUAUCUUAACGGCUCUCAUCCAACACUUGAGGAUGGAGUGGUGACACGUGAAGUCUUGGGAAGUUAUAUGUGGUGGUGGUGGGGGUGGGGGUAUUCCAAUCAGUGUGGAGCCUACACAUCCACCUCCAUCCAAGUCAAAGCCUGUCCAGGAGAUUAUUAUGUUUAUGAAUUUGUCAAACCCAUCAUAUCAGCCCCUGGACCUACAUAUUGUGCAGUUGCUUUCCAAAGCUUCAGCAGUGAUCCCUGCUACAACUAUGAGUCUCUGGAUCGUCCCUGGAGAGCCACCAAUGAAAGUGGAGACUGGAUUUGUGAUGACUCUUUCUCCUGGAAUGGCUGGUACCGGCUUUUCUACUAUGGAAUGAACAUCCAGAUGCCAGAGACCUGUGUUAGUUCAUACACCUGUAACACAUACUAUACUCUGUGGCUCAAUGGUCCUCACCCUCAGAUAGAGGAUGGAGUGGUGACCAGAGAGGUCUGUGGAGGGUCUUAUUGGAGCGGCUGCUGUGAUUACAAGACAAACCCCAUCAGAGUGAAAGCGUGUCCAGGAAAUUACUAUGUCUAUGAACUUGUGAAACCACAAAUCGGGUGUUCAGGAUAUUGCACAGAUGUCAGCACUAUUUCACAGGUGGGUUCUACUGUAAGUCCAGAUAUAGUCACUGGAUCCAGCAUCACCUUGAAUUAUGACCCGUGUGAAAACUACAACGUACUCAACAACUACUGGAGAAGCACACGCAAUUACUGGUCAAUGUAUGGAUACAUCUCUGAUCAAGAUGACACUCUUGUAGAAUGGGAUGGCUGGUAUCGACUCUUCAUUAAUGAGUCGAGUGCUCAGAUGCCUGAGUGGUGUUUUUAUUAUAUGUCAUGUGGAAGCAUUAGUUCUCUGUGGCUUGGUGGCUCUCAUCCUCAGCUAGAAGAUGGAGUAGUUACUCGUGAAAUCUUUGGUUCUCGUGAUUAUCAGUGCAGUCGCUACAGAUCUGAACCAAUUCAAGUUAAAGCUUGUCCUGGAGAUUAUUAUGUCUACAAAUUUACCAGACCAACUCUUUCAAUCCCAUUACCAGUGUAUUGUGCAGUACCUUUCACCACCCCAAGUGUGGACCCCUGCUAUAACUACACCAGUCUGGAUGAGCCUUGGAGAGCCACUGACAACUAUUACUAUAAUAACUAUUACUACUAUGGCAUGUGUGAUUAUAAUGUGGAGUGGAAUGGCUGGUACAGGAUGUUCUACAAUGGUGAAAAUGCUCAGAUGCCAGAAUCAUGUGUUAAUCAAGGCAUGUGUGGCACUUAUUACCCACUAUCACUCAACGGCACUCAUCCACAGCUGGAAGAUGGAGUGGUCACUCGUCAGGUCUGUGCUUCUGACUGGUAUAGCUGCUGUGCUUACACAUCCCACCCUAUAAGAGUCACCUGUCCUGGAAAUUACUAUGUUUAUGAGUUUGUCAAGCCAAUACGUUGUGGAGCUUACUGUCUCCCCCUGUUGACCCCUGCUACAACUACACUGUCCUGGAUGAUCUGUGGAGAGCCACCAACAAUCAACAUUCCUCUCAAGAAAUGUGUGACCCUUGGUCAGCUGGAACGGCUGGUACCGUCUCUUCAUUCAGGGUCAGAGCGUUCAGAUGCCAGACACAUGUGUUGA